AUGGGCUGCUGUUCCACCAAGGAGCAGGUCGGCGUCGAGGAUGGAGCUCCAACUCAAGGUGUGCUUCCUGCAAGCUCUCGAAAGUGCAGAGAUGUGAUUUGUGCUUUGCUUUUCGCCGUCUUCUGGGUUGGUAUGAUCGCUAUCGCUGCCGUCGGAUUCAUGCACGGCGAGCCCAAACGACUUCUAUACGGAUCGGACUACAACGGCACUACGUGUGGCACUGGGAAACAGCAAGAUCAGCCUUUAACGUUUUAUCCUCGAAUCACGCAGGACUUAUUGGAGCAAGCCUCCAACCCGGCAUUAUCUGUUGACGAUUUUUCGUUCUACGGGGUCUGCGUAGCAACCUGUCCGGAUGCAGGCACGUACAUCUGCAACUACGAAGCUGAAGCAGAAAUCCAAAGUGAUACCUCACUUACCACAGAUAAAGAGCGAGAACAAGAGCGCAAAUCAAGAGCUACAGACUUCAUAAUUCUAUCCAGCGAGAAACAAUGUUGGCUGGUAGCGUUACCGAGUGAAAAAGUGUUCUACCGUUGUCUUCAAAUCACGGAGUUGAACUCAACGUCAAUAGAAAAGUGUGUGGUCCCAGGCGAUGAACCAGAAUACUACGAAGAGGUAAACGGUGUUCAAGUGCCUAAUGACAAGUGCGAGAUUAAACGCGUAAUAACCACGUCGGAGUCGGUGGAGCCGGCACAAGAGAAUCCGCUAUACUCGAAGUUGCAAACUGUUGGAUCUACCGUUGGACGGGUCAUUGGCGAUCUGCAGGAAACUUGGCCAGUUUUCCUUGUCUGUGGAGGCGUUCUUGCACUCGUUUUGGGCUUUGCAUUCGUCAUUCUCUUGAGGUUUUGUGCUGGAUGUAUCGUGUGGAUCACACUGUGGAGUUUUGUGCUGCUGUUGCUACUCUUUGCUUUGAUGCUGAGUACCAAGGGAGGCAUCAUCGGCAGUUCAGAUCUUAAUGCUCUCACUUCAGAAAUCGCGUCUGCUGCAGCAGCGGCAGGUGUGGAUUCCUCCGAUGUAAAUACCACAGCGAUCGUGCUUCCUCAGACACUGCAAGCAAGUCAGGAUAAACAAAAGGCUUAUGCUGCAGCAGCUUAUGUUGUCUAUGCAUUGGCAGGUGUCGCGCUUUUGCUAGUCUGUUUCUUCCAGAAGAAAAUUCGUAUUGCUGUUGGGAUCGUGAAGGAGGCAUCACGUGCACUGCAGAGUCUGCCACUGCUGGUAUUAUUCCCCAUCAUUCCGUUCGUUAUGCUGUUGAUACUGUUCGCGUAUGCGGCAAUCGUCGGUGCCUUCAUUUACAGUUCGGGAGAGAUGGAGUUAGCCUCUUUGGCAGGUGAGCUUGCGGACCAGACUGGACAAAACAUAACAGCAGAAGCGACGACGACUUUAAGUAAAGUGAGUCCGGAUCAGACGAUGAAGUUGUUGGUAGCGUAUCAUUUCUUCGGCUUCUUGUGGACAGCUCAACUCAUCAACGCUAUUAGUAUGUGUACGAUAGCUGGUGCUGUGAGUCGCUACUAUUGGAGCCGCAACAAGACUAGUGAGGAAAUGGGACGGUUCCCUGUGCUUACUUCGUUCAAGAAUUGCUUCCGCUACCACUUCGGAUCACUCGCAUUCGGGUCUUUUAUCAUUGCUGUGGUGCAGUUUAUUAGAGCUGCACUGCUGUAUCUGGACCAUCAAACGAAAGAUCUCCAGAAAUCCAAUCUUGUGCUUAAAGUGGCUAUGAAGAUCGUGCAGUGCUGUUUAUGGUGUCUAGAGAAAUGUCUGCGUUUCUUAUCGAAGAACGCGUACAUCCUCAUUGCUAUGAAAGGCCACAGCUUCUGCGCAUCGGCCAAGGACGCGUUCAAGAUUUUGCUGACUAAUAUCGCACAGGUUGGUGCCGUAUCGACCGUGACUUUCCUACUACUAGGUGCUGGCAAGAUAGCUGUCGCAUUGAGCUGCGCUAUCGCAACUUUCUCCUACUUGGAGAAAAAUAACGACGACUAUGGCGUUGGUGGAGCUCACGAGUUGUCGUCUCCCUUAGCUCCAAUCCUAUUGGCACUUUUACUCGGCUGGUUCGUGGCUUCGACGCUUCUUGGAGUCUACGAGAUGGCCAUUGAUACUAUUUUGUUGUGUUUCUGCGAGGACAAAGAACUCAACAAAGAAUCGGGUCAGUAUUUUAUGAGCGAUUCGCUUAAGAAAUUCGUAGCAAAGGUCAACAAGGCGGAGUCCCAAGGUGCAGAUACUCAUGCUGAUAAGCCCAAAGUGUAA